GUUCUUGUUUCCUGACUGAUAACAACAAUGGCCGCUGUGAUCUCAAAGUCCUCUGUCGUCGCCGCUGUGGCGCGCCCUCAGCGGGGCUGCGUGCGCCCAUGCUCUGUAUUCAAGCCUGCUACUAAGCCUGCUACGGUGGCUGCACCUAAGCAAACCAACAAGAUGAUGGUCUGGACCCCAGUGAACAACAAGAUGUUCGAGACCUUCUCCUACCUGCCGCCCCUAACCGAUGAGCAGAUCGCGGCUCAAGUGGACUACAUUGUCGCAAACGGCUGGAUUCCCUGUCUGGAGUUCGCUGAGGCUGAGAAGGCGUACGUGUCCAACGAGUCUACCGUGCGCUUCGGCCCCGUGUCCUGCCUGUACUAUGACAACCGCUACUGGACGAUGUGGAAGCUACCCAUGUUCGGAUGCCGCGACCCCAUGCAGGUGCUGCGUGAGGUUGUUGCCUGCACCAAGGCCUUCCCCGACGCCUACGUGCGCCUGGUGGCCUUCGACAACAUCAAGCAAGUGCAGUGCAUGAGCUUCCUGGUGCAGCGCCCCAAGACUGCCCAGGACUGGCAGCCCGUGGCCAAGCGCUCCGUCUAAGCAGUUCUGUAUGCCUAUUUGAAUUCAAAGAGAAGAUGAUAACAUUGAUAAUUCAUACCGUUUCAUUAGCUUUAGCUCGGAGGUUUAGGGUAAGCCGGAAGAAUCUGUAGCGGCCUACAUCCUGGCCGCUUGUAUACGGAAGUCGAAACUAGCGUCGUACGCACAUGCUGACUGUUGUAUAACCAAAUCAGUUAUGAUGGGUGUAGUGCGCAAUGGUGAUGCGCGGUUGUUUGUAUUUUAUACCUGCCAUUAUGACACGGAAGAGGCAUGCGAAGCAUGCAUGGAUGGGGCAUCAAACCCCAUACGUGUCUUUCGGAUAUUGGGUAG